AUGAACUCUUUAUUUAACUCCGCCCUCAAGCAGUCGUCUGCUAUUCGCCGUGACCUUGACACCUUUGCACAAUCGCCCGCAACGACUCCUGCUGCCUUGCAAGGCCAAGUCGCGGCCUCGUUAGCCUCACUAUCCCGAACAAUCGACGACUAUUCCGCGCUGUCGAAGAAGGAAUUGAUCCCGGAAAAACAAGAAAAGGCCUUUGAACGAGUCAAGAACUUCCGGGCAGAGCUGCAGGAUUACCGACAACAUUUCGACCAACUACGAAAGGAACGAGAGGAUGCUCAAUCUGUAACAAACCGCCACGAGCUUUUGGGCCGACGACCACAUCAUACGGCUACACCUGAGAACCCAUAUGCGCAACCAUCAGCUCCCAACGCCUCACCCUUUACUCCUUUGCCAUCGCGGUCAGGUCCCGGCUUUGGAGGGUCGGACUUUACCCGGGAGACACAUGCUCUGCGGGAGCAAUCCUUCCUCUCGAAUACCAGUUCUCAAAUCGACGACUUCCUCGACAGAGGACGGGCAGUGCUUGCCGAUCUCGGACAGCAGCGAGAGGUCCUCAAAGGCACGCAGCGUCGUCUUUACAGCGUUGCAAAUACCUUGGGUGUAAGCGGGGAAACAAUUCGCAAGGUCGAGCGACGAGCGAAGCAAGAUAAAUGGAUCUUCUGGGUCGGAGUGCUACUCUUCUUCCUGUUCUGCUGGGCGGUGCUUCGCUAUUUGAGGUGA